AUGUAUAUUCUCCGAAAAGCGCAUUUUUCAAAAGCGGCCGAGGCUGAUUUGCGUUUACCCCGACAGCGCGGGCGGCCGCGGGCUUGGGCGCUCAUCCCGCCGCACGUACACGGCUCGUUCCCCCGCACCGGCACGGCGUCUCGGCCCCGACAGAUUCAGCACAGGCGAGUUCCGAAGCCCUUCCCCAGGGCACGCAGCAAUUCACGCCAGACUACGGCGUCGGUCCCGUCUCCGCCACUUCUCCCUUCGGGACCGAACCUUUCCCCGGCGCCAGGCUGCAGCGCUCUGCUGAGGCGCGGCGAGGGGGGAAACACCUCUGCACUACGACCCCUCACUCUCAGGCGGAAGCCGCCGCUUUCUGCCACGGAGCGGGACCGUCCCUUCCAGGGUCUCCUCGGCCGCGGGCGCCGGGGGCGGCGGGGGCGCCCCGCGGGCCGCAAGGGGUUAAGAGACGGCGCGCCCCGGCGCGCGCCCGACUCGGAUUCCGCGCUCAGCGAGGACCCCGAGGGCGAGCGGCGCUCCGAGGAGGAGGGCGCCGGUGGCAGCGCCCGCCUCGCAGAAGCCACGGGCGGGGGGCGGCCGGCGGAGGAGGAGGCGCAGCCCCCGGAGGCGGCGGAGCGGGACACCACCGGCCUCAGCGACAGCGAGAUGUCGGCCGCCGUCUCAGAUCGCAGCCCUCCGGAGGAAGAGGACGGAGCGGGCAAGUGCGGGAAUCUGCUGCCGGGGGAGGAGGAGGCGGCGGCCGCUCCGAAACCGCGGAAGAAGCGCUCUCGCGCAGCCUUCUCCCACGCGCAGGUCUUCGAGCUGGAGCGGCGCUUCAACCACCAGCGCUACUUGUCGGGGCCCGAGCGGGCCGACCUGGCCGCCUCGCUGAAGCUCACCGAGACGCAGGUGAAGAUCUGGUUUCAGAACCGGCGCUACAAGACCAAGCGGCGGCAGAUGGCCGCCGACCUCCUGGCCGCCGCCCCCGCCGCCAAGAAGGUGGCCGUCAAGGUGCUGGUGCGCGACGACCAGAGACAGUACCACCCUGGCGAGGUGCUGCGGCCGCCCUCGCUGCUCUCUCUCCAGCCAUCCUACUACUACCCCUACUACUGCCUUCCCGGGUGGGCUCUGUCCACCUGCGCCGCAGCUGCCGGCACCCAGUGAGAGGCACACAUACACAGCCCCCCGGCCCCGGCACCCCCGCCAUACACACGGGCAGCCAGGAAACCCAUCUUCCCUCUGCCACCCCCCCAUCCGUCAAUCCAUCCGUUCAGCUUCUCAAGUCCAGAGCCCCAGCUGCAGCUCUCAGUGCCUCGGACAGUAUUUAUUAUUAUUUUAUUGUUAUUUUUAUUAUUAAUAUUUUUGGAUGGUUCCUCACCCUCUCCUCUUUCAACAUAGGACUUCUUGGCUACCCCCACCCUGACCCUCACCCUGUCCCCAUCCCGCCAGCCGAGGACUCUUGCAAUUCGGCACAACUCGUUCAUGGUAUCCAUGUUGUCAGUGUAUUUGGUGUAGACUUUUUGUUUGUUUGUUUUAUUUUGCUUCGGAUGGGUAGAGACUCGAUCUUGUGUGGAGAAAAAGAGAGAGAAAACAAAGGAGAGGAAAAAAAAGUACAACCUGUAAAACCAAAUGCAAGCCAAAAGAGGAGAUCAAGGACUCCCUCAGUGGAUUGUAAGGAAGAUUAUUUUUGUCGUCUGAGUCCUUGGUCUUCCAACUUGUUGCAAACUGAGUGUGCCUUGUAUGGUGCUGAAUGUAUGGAAGCCUCUUUCAGGUCCCCCUGCUCUUGUUGCUCAUGUUAUUCCUGUACUCCAUGAUCCCUGGGAAAGGAUAAAUAUGUCACAAAAGGGUGAGACUUAUAUCGAAACUCUGACUUCUUUUCCUUUUUUUCCUGAGAUCUUUCCGUGUUCGGGGAGGGAGGAGUUAUGGAUUUUUCGCACUUUCCAGAUGUAUUAAAGUUGUUGUUGUUAUUUUUAUAUUCAAUGUGAAUAUUUCUAGUCAGGCUUUUUAAGAAAUCGAUGUAACAGGAAACUUUAAUACCAUCAGUGCCUUUUACAAUUCUUCUGCAGAGCUCUCCUCCAGGGGUGGGGGUUUCUGAUCUGCUCAGCAAUGUAAUUACAGUCUCUUUCUUCCAAGGUAACUCGUUGCUUUUUUUUUCCCUUCUUUUUUUUUCCCCCUCCAUUUCCCUUUUAAUGGCACUGUGCACUCAACUAGAUUAUUUACUUCAAAUGAAUUGUGAAUGUUUGU